GGAAGUCAAUAUUAUAUAGGCGACCAUUUCUUUGACAAUGUGUUUGCGGUUGAAUCAAAUCAUUAUGUAUUCGAUUUAGUGAAAAUAUAGGGAGAGCAUAACGUGUUUAUAAGGCUGCCUAAAGGAAAUGAAAGGCGACGAUUAGUGGAUUCUUGCGACUGGCGUGCUUCGCCGGGACGGCCGCCAUGUUGAAGCAGUUACGUGAUAGCGCUUCUAUAUUAUAAAUUCUAGAUGUACAUAAAUCUCGAAGGAUUUUAGUGGAUGUAUAAACAGACAAUAGACUCGCAUGAUGAGGAAGUGUCGUGUGAUAAAAGUGUUGUUAUGGCUAAUUGCCAUUGUAAUGGUGCCAUACUUGUACAUAGAAAUAACGUUUACGGUGCGUUACCUGUUCCGACAUGCGAACACGAGCAGCUCGUGCAUCAUUCCCAGCCUGAAUCCAUACGACCCGUCCAUCAUGAAGUACGUAUGGGACCCUAAACCGCUCACCUGUGACACGUCAACCAACAUUCUUACAGUUGAUAACCAUGGGCUUGUGAUAUUCAAUAAAAGUGCCUUAGCUCUUCUGAAACUUUCAAUGAAUCAAGUUUCAUGCACAUACAGCAUACUUCGACGUCAAAAUGACGACGUUUCAGUAAAGUUUGACGAGCCGAUAACGCUGUCACCGCCCACACGAGUGAAUGCAGAUUUCUUUUACACAGAAUGCUCAAUUGACGGGAAGCUCAUAUUUGACAAAAUUCUCACAAAUGUUGCUAAGGAAUCCGUGCAUCGAACGACCCCUCUCCUGGAGGAGUCUGCUCACCAUUUAAGCGUCGUUAUGUUUGGUGUCGACUCCGUCUCCCGCUCGGCUUCCAUACGGAAGCUGCCAAAAACCAUCCGUUACCUUCGAGAAGAACUGGGCUCCUACGACUUUAAAGGUUAUAUGAAGGUUGGCGAGAACACGCUGCCAAAUCUGACGCCGCUGUUGACUGGCCGGCGCGUGUGGACUUCCGAGGUCCCCAUCAAAGAUUACACCACUGACCCAUUCGACCCAUUUCCCUUCCUGUGGCGCAACUUCUCGGAGCGGGGCGCCGCAACACUGUACGCGGAGGACUAUCCGGAAAUAGGCACGUUUAACUAUCUCACACGUGGUUUUGUGAGGCCACCCGCCGACCAUUAUAUGCGGCCCUUCUGGCUAGGCCUGAUUGACCGUGAGCGCAUGCGCAACAAACUUGGCCCCAUUUUUCUAUACUUGGAGAACAAGAACGUGAAUCUGCAGGGUGGUGGAUCUACGCUGUGUUACAAGGACCGCCCAAAACAUGUGGUUCUGAUCGAUUAUUUGAAACAAUUUUUGAUUACUUACAAAAAUAAGAGAAAAAUGAUGCUUUCUUUCUUAGUUGAGUUUAGUCACGAAUACCCAAACUUCCUUUCUUAUGGUGAUGAUGAUUUCUUAGAGUUUUUGAAAUGGAUGAAAACUAACGGGCAUUUAGACAAUACAGUUUUAGUGUUUUUUAGUGACCAUGGUUCUCGAAUUGAUAAAAUUAGGAAUACAUUUGUGGGGAGAAUUGAGGACCGCAUGCCUAUGCUGCACAUGGUGAUUCCAGAUCAUAUAAAAUCAAAGUUUCCAAAUGUAGAUACUAGUCUCAAAAUUAAUCUUAACCGAUUAACCACACCAUUCGAUGUUCAUCAAACCAUGAUUGACGUCUUAAAUAGUGAUUUCGAAACACCAACAAAGUCUUUCAUUGACGGCACCGUUCGAAGUCUUAGUUUAUUUAAGUCCAUACCAGAGGGCCGCUCGUGCACGGACGCCUGGGUGCCGGAGAACUACUGCGCGUGCUACACUUUCACUCCCGUUAACGCCUCAGACCAAACUGCCAAAACUUUGGCGGAAGCUGUGAUAAGAGAUCUCAACAAACGGCUAGCAGUCGAGCCUCAGUGUGCUACACUCGCGUUAGACCGGGUGACUGACGUCCGACACGUGCUGAGCGGCCUACAACACAUGGAAACGGAAAACAAAGGAAUAUCUUUGAUGCAGUUUUUCCGGCCGGAAGAUCGCGCCUUGCAGCGGUAUGACCUCACCAUUGAGACCGUCCCCGGUCACGGAGCAUUCGAGGCGACAUAUCACGUGACCUCUGGUUCGGAGUUCCGCUUGGUUGGUGAUAUUGUCCGUGUAAACAAGUAUGGGAGUCAAUCGGCCUGUAUCACAGACAAGCUGCUCAGACCUCUGUGUUACUGUAAGGCUCAAUAGCGAUCUACAAGAUGUGUUGUGCAAAACAAUGCAAUUGUUCACAAAACCAUUAUGCAUUUGACAGAUUCUCAUUCAUAUGUUUGAUAUUAUCAUAAAAGCUUACAUUCAGCAGUGUAACGAUUUUUUUUAAAGCUGCACUCUCACAGAUUUACCGUAUUUACAACUUUUCAAUUUUUGUCUUGGAAUGAGCAAAUGUUUGCGUAAAUACCUGCAAACCAGUGAUAAAAGACUGCUGACACAAAUCAGAGCGCAGAUGUUCAUAUUUAAGUUCAAAAAUUGAUGAUUUAUGCACUUUUCUUAAACCGUUAGUAACACUUUAAGCCAUAAAAUAUAUUUUUUUCGGAAAUAUGAAAAUCUACGAUCUGAUCUUUUGUCGGCAGUCUUAUAUCACUGGUUGGCAGAUAUUUACGCUAA